AUGGCUGUUCCCCGGCCAUAUAUGCCUCUUCGGAGGUCGCUCUGCCAAUUGUCAUCUCGAUCCUGUCGCACACCUCGCAACCUCUCAGCACCCUUUCGCAGAUACUCCUCGGAACAGAAACCCCCUUCCGAACCCAAGCCAUUCACUGUCUGGAGACCAUACCUACGGCUGGCCAUUGGUGUGCCCUUCAUCGGUGCUUUGGUAUAUUCCAUGAUGACAGAAGAAGUAACCGAACUCGACUCGCCUUCCCUCGUGGAACUCGAUGAAACGCUCAAGAAGCAAGCCACGAUCAGCGAACAAUCUCCCAUGCGCCUGCGCAUGGAGAAGCUGAUCAAGGAUCACCAACAGAAAAUCAUUGAAGAGCUGAGCCGGAUAGAUGGAAAGCAAUUCAAGACUGAUACCUGGACGCGCCCCAACGGCGGAGGUGGAAUAUCCUGUGUCCUUCAAGACGGGAAUGUCUUUGAGAAAGCCGGAGUCAACGUAUCCAUCGUCUACGGCGAACUCCCCCGGCCAGCCAUUGAGAAGAUGCGGGCAGACCAUAAGUCCUUUGUUGGCGCCGACGUGGACUCCUUGAGCUUCUUCGCUGCCGGUCUGUCCCUCGUCCUCCACCCCCACAACCCCAUGGCCCCAACCGUCCACCUGAACUACCGGUACUUCGAGACAUCAGACCCCAAGGACCCUCUCAAUGGCGACAAGAACUGGUGGUUCGGCGGUGGCACAGAUCUGACCCCCACCUACCUUUUCCCCGAAGACGCCAAACACUUCCACCAGACGAUCAAAGACGCCUGUGAUCGCCACGACGCCACAUACUACCCGAAGUUCAAGGCCUGGUGCGACAAGUACUUCUAUAUCCCCCACCGCCGCGAAUGCCGCGGUGUAGGAGGUAUCUUCUUCGAUGACCUGGACGCCAGCUUCCUCCAGUCCUCGUCAACGUCCUCACAGAACCCCCAGGAGACCCUUUUCUCCUUCGUCUCGGACGGUCUCGCUUCUUUCCUCCCCUCUUACGUCCCCAUUAUCGAACGCCGGAAGGACAUGCCUUUUACACCCGAGCAAAAGGAGUGGCAACAGCUUCGACGCGGUCGCUACGUCGAGUUCAAUCUCGUCUAUGAUCGCGGUACUAGCUUCGGUCUCCGCACCCCUAAUGCCCGCAUUGAGAGUAUUCUGAUGAGUUUGCCCCGUACCGCAAGCUGGGCUUACAUGGACCCCGUGUCGGGAACCCGGACGGAGGAUUCUGUAGAUGGUGAUGAGGCACUUCUGGGCGAGGGCAAGGAGCGCGAGAAGGAGAUCAUGGAUGUUCUGAAACAUCCUAGACAGUGGGUGUAA